AUGAACAGCAAGAUGCGUAGACUCACCUUGCUGUCGGCAGUCGGCGGCGCCACUGCCCGACUAACAACCUCCACUUCAGCGGCUAUGGAGGAGCAACUACUCAAAAAGUCCAUCAAAGACCUCAAGAAGCAGCCAGAAGGCGCAGGUGAUGCAAUGGCAAACGUCAGUACACGAGUACGACAGCUGGUCCAGCUCUUGCAGCAACUAGAGGGCGAACUGACAAACGAGUUUGCCUCAGCGCAAGAAGCAUACGACAAACAAGCCUGUGAGCAUGAAGACACGAUCGCGUCAUCAAAAUCAGCGAUCAAGACUGCGGAAACAGAAAUUGAGCGCAUGGAUGUAGCAAUACAAAAGAACGUGGCUGACGUUGGUACUCUUACGCAGUGUCGUGGACUCCGUUACUAGUAUUCUCAACUUAAUACAUUUUCGUGGAUGGAGAUUCCAUCACAACGACCACAUCUUUCUCUAUAAAACUCGAAAAAAAUUCCACCAACAAAACACAGCCGUCUACAAGGGGAAGAUUAAGACGGAAGAAGAGAAAAUAGCAGAGAAGAAACAAGCCAUUGAGGAUGCAAUUGCCCAGCGUAAAGAGGAGCACACUGAAUACGCAGAUACCGUCAACGAGUUUGAAGCCGCGAUUGCCUCAGCAAAUAUGGCUUACAACGUACUGAGGUUUCUGUCGAUCUUGUUUUUCCAUCCAUAACACAAUUUCAUGGUCCUCUAGAGGCUAGAACUUUCUCAUGUUGUCAAUGAAAUACGCACCUCCGUCUUAUCCGAGGAACAUGUAGUAUUCGCUAGGGUCUCGUUCUUCAAAAGACUUUUCUUACAUCCCAACUUCUCGCCUGCAGGUUCUUAGCGAACAGCAAUCCGGCUCCAGAAAGGUCGCGGAGAAGAGCGAGAGCUAUUCUUUGCUCUCGCAACAGAACGACCAGAAGGUCUUCCGCAAGUUGAAGAGCGCUAUCGCCUUGCUGCCGGUCAAUAGUCAUCGCCUGACCCCCAACCGGGUAGAGGAGCUUAGCGAGUUCGUCGAUCAGCUGACCGGUAGGUAUGGGAAGGACAACAAGAAGAUGAUGUUGUGGUGGAAAUUUCCUACUUUUGACUGAGGCACCAGAGCCAGAUGAACCUGCAUACAGUACUAAAUCCGAGGGUCAUCAGUAAAAGGAAGUGAUCAACAAAGAACAUAUGCAUUCCCACUACAGUAAGUAGUUGUUAUCCGUCUCCCUGCAUCUACUCUCCUUUCAUUCCCCCACGAAGAAGCCUCUCGCUUUGGCUCAGUUUGGUCCCGGCUCCGCCAAGAUCAUGGGCAUUCUGAAGGAUAUGCGUGGCGAGUACGUCGCCAAGCUGCAGGGCUUGCAGGAGAGUGAGCAAAAGGCCUCGUUGGCCCACGUCCAAUUCGUCGAAAAAACAAACAAGAUGAUCGAUGCCUUGACCAAGUCCAAGGAGGACCAUGAGGCCAAGCUCAGUGAGACAGAAGCCAAGGAAGAAAAACACAGAAAUCAGAAGGCCGCAGCGCAAGAUUCCUUGAAGGAGAACCAGGCUUUGCUGAAGGACACAACGGAGGCAUUCCGAGCGCUGGCGCGUGUGUGGGCAGAUACCAGUGCCAAGUACUAGAAGAUGAGUCGUUUUUAGUUGGUUUUAGAUUUUUUAGAGAUUGUUGUUUGUAGACGCCGUCUACAUGAAUCUACUUCUAUGGACAGAAAGACAAGUACACUGCUUCGCUCAUCUUGAUAAUCCAGGCACACUUCCGAGAUGUCGGGUCUGGCUGCCGCUAUCGACUUCUUGAUGAAGCAGGGAGAAGUGGGUACCCUCAUCCAGAAGAACGCGCUUCUGCAGACAUCCGCAGUUGCUGUGAGUGUUACGACCUCUUCACCUGUGAAUAGGCAUAGACGAGUCUGAGAUUUUUAUAAGACGAAGACCGCAUUUUAUCAUAUACUAGAUGAACCUAUGAUUCUGUAUUUCACCUUCCAUCUCUUUCCAUACCCCUCUUUUCCAUGUCCCUCUUUCAUCUCCCCCGCCAAGAAGGAUAGCUAUGAAACGGCUUUCUCGAAAAUCGUAUGGGCCAUUGAGGACAUGGUUGAGGUUCACAAGACCGAGAUGGAAGAGAACAUCGAGAAAAAGCAGAUGUGCGAAACGGCUAUUUUAUGACAUUUUGGUUGCGAUAUUCACGUUGCAUUUUGAAUACAACGAAAUGUUCAUGUAGUUGUUACUGAUUUCUCUUUUCAUCGAACUAGACGGAAACAGGAAAAGGUUGAUAAUGGCUUUGAGAGAGGUGCAGUGUUUCUAGAAGGUUUUCGUAUCCUCUAAUACCUGCCAGCACAGACGGUGCGGAGCGCAAGCGACUGGCGAAGAUCGACACUCUGAAGUCAGCAAUUGCUAAGGCUGAAGGCGAAAAGGCCGAGACGGAAGACGCAAAGACGAAGGCUGAGGAUGAAAAGACCAAAGCCGAAGAUGAGGUGUUUUUCUUGUAGCAUUAGGGAGAACAAAAUUUCUACUACUUUAGGUUUGAGUCGUAAUACUUCUAUAUCACACUUUUCCAUCUACUAGAUCAUCUUUCAAACGCUUCAACGAAACUUUCAUUCCCCUCCCUCACCUACAGACUUCUGCCGGUCAAAAGGAGUGGGAGGAGGCUCGUGAUGCCCGUGCUAAGGAAUUGUCUGAGCUCGCUGAGUCCAUCAAACUGAUCGCCGGUGCUAUGCGGAGUCUCACCGAGAACGAUCCUAGUGGCCGAUUCAAGAACGUCAUCGUUAAGGCUGAUAACAAGGAACAAGAAGAGUUUGCUCUAAGUAGUACAAGGUAGAACAAGGUCAAAACUUUUAUAUCCUUUCAUGUGAAAGUAACCCAACAUGAAAUACGUCUAACCUCCCCAUCCUGCAGAUGGUCCAAGACGAGGCCGUAGCAGAGCAGACUGAAGUUACCAAGGCAAAGGCGGAUGAGGAAACCGCCUGGGUCAAGGAGAAGAAGGCCUUGUACGAUUUGAUUCAGUUGAAGAUCGGGCAAAUCGAAGGCUAUGAAAAAGCGAUCCGAGAUUUGGAUGCUGAGAUUAUUAGGGUACUCAGAAGUUUAGAAAUCGUUUUUGUUGUUAUAGUACCUACUUUCUCAGAGACUAGAUUGAUGUCCUUUCUACAAUCUUACUCCACCGAAAUACUGAUCUUAGAAAGUCCUAGGCUCAUCUUAUUAUAGUAUCUGCAACUAAACUAUUGACCAUGAAUUCGUGUUUUUCAAAAUCUAAAUUAUCUAAAUUUUCCUUCUUCUAUCCACAGCUCGACGGCAAGUUGAAGAAGACCCAGGAGAUGGAACGCCCCUCCACGGAAGACUGCGAAGUCUUCCUCGGCGCUUUCCAAGGAAAGCAGGAUGGCCUGACUAAGGAAAUUGAGUCUUUGAACUACGCCAAGGCAGAGCUCUCGGGGUGGCAGAACCAGAGCGUCGAAGCCCAGCACUUCGAUGCGCAGGAAGUUGCGCCGGCAGUGUAGAGAAGUGGACUUUCAGAUGAAUGAUAGUGGUGGAUGAGAGUUCUUUGGGAAUCGCGUGGUAGGAUGGGAACUCUUUAGGAGCACCUUUUUGGGGAGAACUAUACUUCCAGAGGGUUCGUUUGUAGUGAAGCGAAUUCCUGCUAUGUUCUGAGAGAAAAUCAUGUGUCAUAUAAUGUCCAAGAUGUUAAAAAAUAAUGAUUAGUUUACUAGAUUUAAAUUCCGGUUUUGUGUGGAGAUUCAGACUUGCACGUCGUUUGAUAUUGAUCCUUUCAGCAACCUUUCACGAGAUUUUUAAAGUUACAGAUUGUGUCAUAUUCUCCUUUCAAGCAAAAGCAUGUGUUUAGGUACUAUUCAGUCUAUUUACAACACUCCUUUCAAGCAUUUGGAUACUUACUCAUUCUUGCAGAGCAGACAGCUUUUCGACUUAGGUAAUCUCAGCAACAGUCUUGUUUUUUCGGUUAGGUCCAAUUUUUCGUGUGCAAUCGUAAUCUAGUGAGCUAAUCACGACACGGAGAAGAGACGUUGAUGGUCAUUCAGCUUGGAGCACGGUACGACGUUCAAACGAAGUGUUCUUCGUCGGUGAUAUUCUCGGUGCAUCUUGGAAUGUAGAGGAACUUGGAAUGUAG